AUGGACACUACACCAAUUCUUGAACAACCCCUUCUCGAAAAUCCAGUAACCCCAAUUCAAAAACCGUCAAAAACGCCAACACAAAAAGCAAUUAGAAAAACAUUUAAAGGAACAACACAAUUAUCCAAACUUUUACCAACAGGUUCAGUUCUUGCAUUUCAAAUUUUAUCACCAAUUUUUACACAUCAAGGCCAAUGUCACACCUCCACCAGCACAACAUUAACAUUAGCCCUAUUAACAACAUGUGCAAUUUCUUGCUUUCUUUUAUGUCUCACCGAUAGUUUUCGCGACGAACGGGGCAAGGUUCGUUACGGAAUGGCUACGAGUAAGGGAUUAUGGGUGAUCGACGGGUCGGUGACGCUGUCCGAGGACCAAAAUGAGAAUUAUAAGAUGAGGUUUAUUGAUUUAUUACAUGGUUUUGCAUCUAUGUUGGUUUUUGGAGCUGUGGCAUUGUUUGAUAAAAAUGUUGUGAAUUGUUUUUGUCCGACACCAAGUGAUGAGGUUAAGGAUUUAUUAGUUGCUGUUCCUGUUGGAGUUGGGGUUGUUUGUAGCAUUUUGUUUCUUAAAUUUCCUACUAAACGCCAUGGAAUUGGGACUCCUUUAUCACGUCAUUAA